AUGGGGCCAGCCUCCAAACAACCCUCAUCGACGAUCGAGAUCAUACUGGUGUCUCUUGAUCUUGAUCCUCGAGGUUCAUCGCUCUUGUUUUCCUCUGCCGUAUUGUUUGUCUCUCUUUUUUAUCCCCUUCCCCAGCCACCAUUCUCUUACCGCCCUUUAUUGUUGUUUUUUUCUUUCCCCGCCUGCAGCUGGUUUAGUUGCCUGCCGCCGGUCCCAAGCUUUGUAUUGGUACCCGUAUUCAAAAGUACUAUCCGUACGGAUACGCCCGCCUUCAUGGAAUCAUUCUUCCUCUUUCCGAACAAGUUACCACGUGCCACGCACGUACUUUCAGCUCUCCUAAAUCUUGACGGUGCAUCAGUAAAUUAUACGCUUGCUUGA